AUGUCUUCAAACAAUAACAACAACAACACCCUCCGUCCUGCCUCGCGCCGUGCUGCCCGCCGGCCCCCCAACUACACUCCUCCUGGGGUGUACGUGCCCCCAGAUCUGCGGAGAUACUGGGACCGAUUGUACGAAGGGCUCCCGGAGGGCCGCAACCCAGUGAUCCCUCGUGGUGAUCUAGGGAUGAUUGCCCCGUACGUCCACACCAAUGUGGGAAGGACCGUACUUGCUUCGUACGAGGCGCGUGACGUUGAGUUCCGAUACGGCCGGAUCCAAGCUUAUCAGAUCGCUUCGCAUCGGCCGUCCUAUAUUAAUGCCCUGCUGAUCCAGUCUUUGGGAAGUCGUCCGCCUGAGGCUUGUAUUAGCUGCCGUACUAGUCAAGCCGGUCCCUUCCCAGAAUGCCACCACUUACCUGGGGCAUUCGAUGGAGCAUGCGCCAACUGCAAAUGGCCGGAUGCAGGAUCUCGUUGCUCCAUCCGAGACUCAGCAUGGGGGGCCGUACGACCAGCCAAUCCCCCUACUCCUAUUAUUGGGAGGGGGUCGCCUGCUCCGGGAGCCCGUACGAAUCCAAUUCUGCUGGGGUUUGAGGAGGAAGAGGAGGAGGUGGUUUUGGUGCCUGCCCGCCGCCCCCCUCCUAUAAAGGAGGAAGAUAUAGAGGAGAUCCCCGUGAUUACUAUUCCAGACGAAAUCAUUGAGAUCGAUUAA